GGUAUUCCUAGGAUAACUCCGUUGGUAGCAUGGCAUCCGGGUAUCGUGACAAGGAGCCAAGCACGCGGGAGCAUGCUUCUGCUGGCGCUCUGGCUGGAACAGCAGUAGUCGUCGAAAAGGAGAAGCGUAUCCGGCUGGAGGCCAGCAAAAGAAGGACCCACAUCCUACGCGCUAAACUGAACGAGGAAACAGAGGAGGAGAAGUACCGUCUUGCCCUAUCGAAGCGGCAGCACGAACAACAGGAGUACGGCUGCUCCGUUCGAAAAAACAUCCGUAGCUGGCGCAAACAAGGGAGCCCCGCCCCUGUAGGAGACAACACCGUCCAUAAACCGGCGCAACCGUGGGAGCAGAAUAACCGUGGCGGUACCCCGGUCCUAUUCGGCACUGGACAAUCGGCAACGAGCCCUGCCAAGCUCACCAGCACGAGGCAGGGGAACGCCAACGUUAACUGGACCCUUGGCAACUCUGUCGGCGCUGCCUGUACACUGGAGGAGCGGGAAGAUGCCGCAGAGAUGACGGGUAUCAGCGCAUGGACGCGUCAUGAGGCAGCUGGCCGAGUGGAGACGAUAUCGCCGAAGUUGACGGCGGUGAUCGAUCGAAGUUAUCUUGUCAGCAGCGAUGUUGGCGUUGAUGGGGGUGCCGUUGCCGGUCGGGACUCGGGGGAGCAGUCACGAGGUGGAAGGUGGGCCAACUUGCCGCCAGAGCUGAGGGCCAUCAAGGACAGGUGGCUGGGCUCAUCAAGCGAGGAAAUCACGCCCCAGACGGCAACGAGUGAUAUCGCAGUCUCCCCAGGUGCCACCAUCACGACACCUGCCCACGGGGGCCGGCAAGACCAGCAUUCAUACUUUCAGGAAUAUCGAUCAAGAGUAGUUCCGCGGGACAAGGAUGUUCGUUAUGCCCACCCGAACAUCUUAGUCGAAGGGUCGGCACCUCACGACAACCACGGGCGGCUGGAAGGAGCGCAGACGAAAACGCCCAGCGAAACGGUCGACGAAAGGAAGAAGCAGGGGCACGGCUGCGGCGAAGACAGCACUUUCAGGACAAUUUCUUCCGAUAGCCUAGAGUGCAGCCGCUUGGUAGAAAACGGGCUCCAGGUAACUCGAAGCGCGGAAGGUCGAGAUGCACACCACCCGAGACUCAGGCAAGCAGACGCCGAAUCGCUCAAGGAUAGCCCGCAGCGCCAGCACCAACAGCAAGGCUUGCUGCAUCCCAUCGCGAACGACAACGAACUACUUGGCCAGUCGAGCAGAGACGAUGUUACCCCUCGUGGUUCAGACGAGCUUGGGGAUAGAACACCCCCUCAUACACAGGAGGGAAAAGAUAGUGGAUUGGCGGAGGAUGCGGCCGCGCCAUCGAUAGAAGAAUGGUGUGGAGAAAUCCUUCCGCUACAACCCGGUGAGGCCGUGGGCGACCCGAAGGAUGGAGGCAGACGGGCCAAAGUCAGGAAUCAGCUGCGUGAUCUGAGAAACAGACUAACCAAUGGCGCGACAGGCGAACUUCCGACUGCUGCUUCACCAAAACCGGUGAAUGUGAACGACGCGUUAUUACCAGCCCAACAAGCCACGAGCCCUGCCAGUGCACGUACCCAGCAACCAUGGAAGGGCGGAGCUCAACCAGGGGCUGGUGAGGCUGAACAAGUUGGUGACGACGGUAGACGACGAGAUGUCCACAUAAAUUUAGGUGAUAACAAAGGGGGUGCUCAAGACACGUUGCGGCCGGCAACGUUAGUGCAGAGAGUUCCUUCCCACGGAGAAGGGACCGUGAAUCAAAGGGUGGACGACACGCUACCGCUUGACAUUGCUGCGCUCCAAGAACGUGAACGCGAGAGUACGGGCGAGCAACAGGGGGUUCAAGAGACGUUUUUUACUCGGAGUGAUGUGGCUGAUGUUGAGGGUUGUAGUGGCCAAGGAAUCAACUACGAUACGACGAAUACGAGGAGUCGACCGUCGGAGCUAUUCGACAGUCUGGACGUUUCCGCCAGGGCAUCCGAAGCCGGUGGCGGCCUGCUCCCAAGGGCGGACGGGCGAUCUGACGAGAUUGGUGCCCCGGCCAUCUCAGCGACAGCUCGAUUUGCUCCUGGUACGGAAUUCAUCACCCCCCAAAACGUACGGUCUCCGGACAAGGCCCCCAAAAAUACCAAGAUCCGACAUCGAGAUCAUGCACUUAACGACCAGAAUGUUUCGACCAUGGCGGCACUCACAGUAGAAACUCAUUCGGGGCGCUACACUGCGACGUCGGGCGACGCGUCCCCUCCACGUCGAGACAGGCCGCUGAUUAAGGCCGUACCAGAGGAGGCAACUGAGCCGAAAACGAGAAGGCCACCAAAUCAGGCAACGGAAAGGGUCCCUAUUCUACGUCCAGCACGCGCCGUGCAGAGUCCUCCGGCAGUACCUUCAAGAAAAUCGACGACCAAGCCGACUGGUGAUGUCAAGUGCAAGUUGCGAGAACCCCCGCAUGCUUCCAGGCUGAGGGCUCCGGGUUGGGGCCGGGAAGCGGUGAUAACCGCCAUCCUACCGGCCAAAGUUACCCCGGGCAUGGCGAAGGACGGUAGCUCCCCUGCUACCACCGCCAGCCACAAUGGUGCUGCACCCACUGACCCCGCGGUACUUCCGUGGGAUCUGCUGACGCCACUUACCGAGGCUGCCACUGUGGACGAGCGUUCCGUAGUCUCCCACGGAACUCACGGCACGACAAAAAUGACACCGGCAUCCUCCGUCACCUCAGGAUGCAGGCCACCCCAAGAAGAGGCUUCAGACGCGAUACAAGGUAGAGUCAACCGUCGACGCCCUCACCGCCUGCAGGCUGAUGCCAACCCCUACGUGGCGGCAGCAGCACCCGUAGUCUGUGCGCUCGAGUCGCCGGCAGAGACCAGCGGCUUCGGUGAUGGCCGAAACCAGAACGGUAGCGAAAAGAGGGCGGUGUGGGGUAGCGGCAUCGUCGCUAGCGGCGCCCAUUCGGCGCCCGGGACGACAUCGGCAAGAUCGAGAAGGCGAGACGCUCCUGCUGGUGGUGCACUUACGUCGUCAUCUGCGUACCGAGCUUCUCCUCUCUCUAGCACCGCCGACCACGUAGGAACAGGGGGCUCCGUUUUCUCCAGCGCUAGCGGAGAGACAAAUCCCGGACGGCAAUGUGGUGGUGGCUACGUCGCGGCCAUGGGUAGACGUGCGAGGUCGAUGGCCAGGUGCGAGGCGGCGAGACGAUUGGCGGCGGCGAUGGCAGCCGACAGAGGGAGGCCAUCCACGCCGAUAUCCGAGCGGGCCCGAUGGGGGAAGGGAAAGGAGAGCCAGGUGGAAGUGGAGCGGAGGAAGCUGCUACAGCGGCGAGCGGAGUAUGCCGAGGAGCUCCAGAAAAAAGCGAAGGAGGAAGCUAUGGAGCUCGCUCGAAGAAAGUGCUUAGCCGCUAACGCCAGCACCAUGCUGCCUGCAGAUCCUCGGCACGUCAGAGCGGGUGCCACCUCUGCUACUUCCACAGUCUAUCAACAGAACAGCACUUUGUACGACGCUGACAAAUCAAUAGGAGGUUGCCAAGGGAAAGUCCCAAGUGCGAUCGAAGCGAACUUUACCCACGACAUCACGCGCCCCGAAGCCAUUGACGGCCGCCACCAGGACAAGCCCCCCUGCCUUGCUCCUGGCAGCAAGGUGAACUCACCAGUUUCUUCUCGCCGUUGUGAUGUUGGAGUCGGGGGUGACGACGGCGGCUUGCAUAGACGGCAAAAGGCAAAAAGGCAAAUCGCAAAGAGUACAACGCAGGAGGAAGAGGAGGAGCGACUGACCGCGUCUAUCGCUCGCCUGGACACCCUCUUGCGAGAGGGAGACGGCGAGGCCUCUCGCAGGGCUUCCAAUGCACCCAUGCCGGGAGGGAGCGGUGGAGUAACGCGGUCGAAAAGCCGCGGAAGGGUGGAGCGAAGUCCAGCGCGCGCACCGGUAGGGGGAAUCGCCAAGACAAGGGUGAGGACAGGGGCUACGAAAGGGAUCACUAGCUCUGCAGGACCUUUGGUCAACGUUGAGCCGCAGGCGGGGUCGGUGUCCGUGGCGGCGGCGGUGCCCGUACAUGAGACCGCUGUGGCUGAUGCGGGUGCUGCGAUCAUGGCCAGUCCUGGAUUAUUUCCGCAAAUUUUCGACCGAGUACCGGCGCACACGGGUGGUGGGAGAGAAAUGGGACGCUAUGAACCUCCCGAUGCUGUACAACAAGCCCCGUACGGCUCAUCACGAGGAGGGGCGUAUCGCGAGCCGGCCUCGCACUGUCCCGUUAGCAGGGCUGCAUCGCCACUGUCAUAUAGAUAUUGCGCUGACGAUGAGCAACGGCGGCCAAAACGGACCGAUGGAGGCCCCAUAGAUGCGGCACCGGGUCACUACCGCCAGGAGGGUAGGCGGUCGGCUGGUGCGGUGAGUCGCUGGGUGGGGGACGGCAACGAUCGCUACCACUACGAUGCGCGUGCUCCGCCGCGAUAUCCGGCCCAGAGGGAAGAACGGUGGGUCCCACAAACCCCAUGCUCACCAACACGGUAUCGAGGGGUUGACAGCAGCGAUGACAACCACCGGGGAUGGCACGACCACUGCAGGGGGAGGUCUUAUUACCGUCGAGACGAUCUACGUGCGGCCAUCGAUCCAAGAGAUGCGCCAGGGGUCGUGGACCAUGCGAGGUGGAUUGGAGAGUCACGACCAGAAGCGUGUGGUGACGAUAGAAGUGGCAAAACAGAUUGGAUUAGGCGGGAUGGUGGUACUACCUUCCAGCACGAGGAUAGGAAAGGACCUUUCUGAAACCGACGGCUGCUCGCUCUUCACGGAAUGUGUUCAUGGGCGUUUUCGGGUUGACGCCAGACAGAGUAGACUUCGUCUCAACGCGGCGCCGUCGAGAGAACGGAAAGUUGUGGAAGGCAGGCAAUCCCACGACGGUUUGGUUGGUUGCAGCAAAUACCAUGCGUAAUCCACGAUUGACUAGUGUCAACAGGCAUUGAUGAGAGUGAAUAGGGCAGCGGUGUUCCACAGGAGUGGAGAUUGAAGAGGGAAACUACUCGAGGUGGUGGUCGACGAACACAAGACCGUCUCCCAUACCCACCACCGUUUCUCCGAGACACAGAAACGAACCGUCGUGGCAGUAUAUAAGGCUGCAUUCGAUGGCACGUAUGCACGUGUGUAGACG